GAAAAUGAUUGGUCGCCUUUUCAACAGAAAUGUAAUCUAACCAAUGGUAGCGACGGUUAGAUUUAAAGUCCUUAACGAAGCCACCAUAUUCCUCGUGCGCACGACAGUUACACUGUAUAUAACAAAGGCAAGGGGAAAUCAGUAUAAACCAAUUCUUCUGCAUUCUGAUAGGUAAAUCUUAAUUAUUUUAUCAAAUCCUACAUUUAUAGCUGCAUAUUUCUAGAGCACAUUUUUUUUAACUUGUAAAAUUCGCUUCGUAUACUUUUCGUCUCCUUUCGUCAACUCUGCAGCCCCAUUUGAAAGUAAACUGUCAUUGGGAGUCUUAAGAAGUCGGUGUGUGAGUGUAGUCGGUAUUUUAUAGUAUAGUAAUAGUUAGUGUAUAUAAGCAACUAAUGUGAGAGCACAUUCAUACCCCCCCCCAAUAGUAGUAUUGUUAUUAAUGUAUUCUAUGUACAAGGACUAGACGUUUGACUGAAUCAAAAAAUCUACCACUUCAGUGUGGCCUCUAUACCAUUUCUACAUAGUAUAGACUAUGACUAUACUGAGUAUACUAUGCCAUGCCUGAAAUACCACCUGGGACAGUGUAGAGAGGGCAAGAGGCACUGGAUUUAGGCUGGCAUAGAGUGGGUGCUGUUUUCUUGUUGGAAUGCCAGACGGACAUGUUAUCACUUUAUAGGAGUGCAUGUAUUUUUUAUAUAUUAUAUAGACUAUAGACAUUUUACUAUAACACACUUAGACACUUCAAACCCCAAAAACACGAUUUUUGAAAAGCCUUCUCAGAUGGAUACAUGAAAGGUUUAUGGCAAAAUAACUUCGAAGCGAGCAUGUCAACGUGACCGCCGAACGACUGAUAGGCUUUAUUCCUGCAAGUGGUCGCCGGCAAAAUAGUUGCAUUGCAUUUGAUAUUCCGAUCCCUAGAUAAUUAAUAAAUAUGAGAUACAUAAAGUGUUUGACUUUGAAUAUUAAUUUAAACUAGUCGGCCUAUAUACUAACUAGUAGUACUAUUACUACUGCUGUUACUAGUCUAUUUGAUUCAGACUCUUCAAAGUCAAGGAAAAAAGUCCCUAAUCUUGGUUAAUACAUCUAAAUUUAAAAUAUGAACCAAAUAAAAUAAGACCAGUAGACUUAAAUAGACCUAUGUCAAAGUUGUAUUUCAGGACUAGUAUUUAGUAUUGCAUGAGAAGUAGGCUAGGCUACCACUGUCUAUAUCUCAUAAUCGUGGACAUAUUCUUGACUGGGUACUACAUAGGCCUCAAGAUGGUGUAGAUCUACUUCAAUCACACAAGAGCUGUCCUCUGACCACUUCUGUGUUAUUUGUGAACUUAGUGUUAGUGCCCCCAACCCUCCCCCUCAGUUUAGGGAGGUGCGCAGUCUGCGAGCUAUAAACAGGGAUGCAUUUAAGCAUGACCUAAGCGUAGAAGUGUCCCCUGCCCUCUGCCCUACAUUGGAAUCACUAGACCGUGCAUUGCGCGCUGUGCUUGACCGACACGCCCCUGUCACCCGCCGCAAUUUUAGUCUAAAGCGGUCAUCUCCCUGGUAUGCGACCAUCAAGGAGGAACUACGCAGUGCCAAGAAAGAGCGCCGUAGUGCAGAAAAGAAGUGGUUAAGGUCAGGUCUUGUGGUUUUUAAGCAGAUAUUUUACGCUGCCAAGAAGCGUGUCAAUCAGAUUGUUUGUCGGGCAAAGACUACGUAUUUUAGCCAAAAGAUAACUAUGGGUAAAACCAGCAGGCAGUUGUUUGAUGUUUGUGGUCACCUUAGGGGGAGUAACAAAGGAACUGCGCUUCCUUCGGUGUUUCCCCUGCCCAAGCAACCAGAUAUUUUCUGUAAUUUCUUUACAAGCAAAGUAGCUGACAUUCGAGCUGAGCUUGAUCGUCUUGAUGCCCCUCCCCUUGAAUUGCCUCCUUUCCCUUGUCUUACUUCCCAUUUUAAUAUUUUUAAACCUGUUUCAGAACUUGAGGUAAAAAAUAUAAUCCUAAAAUCUAAACAUACGUCAUGUUAUUUGGAUCCCAUCCCAACCCCCCUGUUGGUUGAGUCAUUAGAUAUCUUGCUCCCAACAAUAACCCGCAUAAUAAAUGAAAGCUUAUAUUCUGGCACUGUUCCGCCUCUUUGCAAAUCAGCUGUCAUCAAACCAUUGCUUAAGAAGCCCGGUCUGGAUGAAAAUAAUUUAAAAAACUAUAGACCUGUAUCUAACUUAUCAUUUUUAUCUAAAGUUAUUGAAAAACUAGUCCUAAAACAACUUUUUGCUUACUUAAAUGAUCACUCUCUUCUCAGUUCUAAUCAGUCGGCCUAUAGACAUUUCCAUAGCACGGAGACAGCUCUCUUGAGAGUCAGUAAUGACCUCUUGCGCGCAAUGGACAGCGGUAAUGUCUCCAUUUUGAUCCUCUUAGACCUCAGUGCGGCCUUUGACACUGUUGACCAUGAAAUCCUUUUCAAAACCCUUGAAAACUACUUUGGAAUUUCUGGUUCGGUUUUGGCUUGGUUUAGGUCCUACCUCUCUGAUAGAACGCAAAUGGUCUCUGUCGAUGGCUGUCUCUCCGGCAGUGCUGAUUUGGUGUACGGAGUGCCACAGGGGUCCGUUUUGGGUCCGGUUCUAUUCAUAAUGUAUACCAGACCACUACUCCUCUUGCUCGGGAGGCAUGCUGUUGAGAACCAGUCAUUUGCAGAUGAUACACAGCUAUACAUGCAUACCCAUCCAUCUCUUGUCGAUUCCGCUGUCCAGACUUUGCGGGGGUGCAUUGAUGAUGUCAAGUCUUGGAUGACACUCAGCAAGUUGAAGCUUAAUGAUGACAAAACAGAAGCACUCCUCAUUUACAAUCACAAAUCAUCCUCUACCUCAACUCUUCCCACCUCAUUUCAAGUAGGUAACUCCGACAUACAGUUUACACCCUCUGCUAGGAAUCUUGGUUAUAUUCUUUCUAACAACAUGUCUCUCGAUAAACAUAUCUCUCACAUUUGUCGUUCGGCAUACACCGCCAUCCGUCAGAUCAGCUCCAUCCGCCACUACCUGACAGUUAGCGCAACAAAAACUCUAGUCUGUGCUCUUGUUCUCUCUCGUCUUGACUAUUGCAACUCACUUCUGUCAGGUUCACCGAAACAUUUUAUAGAAAAACUGCAGAAAGUUCAAAACUCUGCUGCUAGGCUUGUUCUUAAGGCAAAAAAACGCGAUCACGUCACUCCACUACUCCACUCACUACAUUGGCUCCCUAUACAGGCACGCAUUGACUACAAGCUGUCUCUUCUCUGUCACAACUUUUUCUCGGAUUCCUGCCCUUCCUAUCUAACUGAACUUCUUUCUGUCUAUUCACCCCUUCGACAACUUCGCUCCUCCGCAGACUCGCGUAUUCUGUCCGUUCCCAAGACACGCACUAAAUUAUAUGGUGAACGAUCUUUCUCUUUCUGCGCCCCCAAACAAUGGAAUUCUUUGCCACUACACAUCCGCAAUAUAACAACCACACAGGCCUUCAAAACUGCACUCAAAACACAUCUAUUUAAACUAUACUACUCUGACUGAUUCUCCUCCUAUAAACCGAUAAACGUACAUGGGUUUCCUUGUAAAAAUGUCUGGUGUGGGUGGAUGAAUAUACCUAUGGUGUUGUUUUGCUUAUAUGUUGUUUUUAUUUCAUUUAUGUAUUUUAUUUUAAUAUUAUGAUUAUGCCUCUUUGCUAUAUAUGUACAGCGCGGUGAGCCCAGCCCUAGGCCGGGGUACCGCGCUAUAUAAGACCACUUAUUAUUAUAUUAUUAUUAUUAUAUCGACCCUGUAUUAAGAUAUGGGGUCUAUUUCUUUGUAAACUAUCGGCCUCCCCGCCAUUCAUUAAACUUAAUUAUUUAUCACCCUCACUAUUAUUUUUUUAGCAUUCGUAUUUUUUAUUACCGUAAUUCUCUCCCUCUCAGCAUUGCUUCCUUCUAGAAUGCAUGAUUACUUAGCCCCCACUUUGUUUUAGUAAUAUACCCAAGUAUUUUUUUCUAUUAUUUGUUUGCAAGAUACUCAGUACAUUACUUGGUAGAGAAAUAGAUUUUAAGAUUAACAAUAGUUUUGAAUCAUUCGCGGUCACGUGACAAGGCUGAUGGACAAAUAUCUCUCGCCACUUUGUUACGGCGGUCAUGUGGCUUGGUCGCUGGGCAAAUAGUGCAAACGUGUACACACUGCCAAAUAACUUGUGUAAUGUUGGAAACUUUCUACGCUUGGUUUUGGUCAUUGAUCCAAAUGCCUUUUUUUGUGUCCACACUAAAACUCAAUGUGGAUGUGCAUGAAACACAAACUGUAUUAUUGCUAAUAAUAAUAUCAUUCAGGAACCAGUGGGGCUCCUUAUGUUUAGAGCAAAACUAAACUAUGAUUAACUCACACUUUGUUCCUUACGCUUACAUAUUAUAUUCUUUUUAUUAAAUUGUUAAAGUUUAAAAUUUCAUUAGAAUAUUUAUAAAUGUUCUGAAAUGAAUAUGUACGUACAAUGUCAUAAAUAAAAGGUUUUUAAAAAAGUGUAGUUAGCGGCAUGGGCAUUGUCAAUAGUAAUAGUUGUUUCACACAAAGCAGUGACUCUGUGACUUCCUUUUAAGGAAUCCCCACACUGGACUUAGGGUGCAUCGACUAGGGUGACCAAACGUCCCGUAAAAACGGGAUUGUCCCGUUUUUUUAACUAUCAUACCCAGUGUCUCUAAAAAGUAUCUCGGGAUGCCUUAAUGUCCCGUUUCUAAAACCAAACACAUUUAUUUUUUUCAUUUAUAUGAGAUUAAAUUACAAAGGUGAAGGUAAAUUUAAAAAGAUUUCUAUGUCAAUAUAGUUAAAAUUAGCAUAUUUCAAUAAAGUUUCCGGCGAAGGCCCCCUGACCCCUCUUUAGCUGGAGGGUAUACCCCCAAACCCUCCUUGGGCUCCCGAAUUUUCCAGUUCAUGAUUUGGUCACCCUAGCAUAGACCAAUGGUUUGUCUUGAAGAUUUGUGUGAUCAUUUUCUUUUUCUUCACUGAAUUCCCAUUAUAAAAAUUAGGGGUGUGCCAGAAUUCGGGUCCGCCGGAUUUUAGACUAACCGGUGAAAUCCGGUUCCGCCGGAUUUACAUGUAUCCGGAACAACCGGAAUAUACCGGAUUUCGGAAUUUGCCAGAUUUUGUUACACACCGGAUCAUAAUCUGAAAUAAAAGUAAUUCUCUUUCUUGAAUUCCACACGAUCACGAUUUAGGCCAACUGUUCAGAAGGCAUCCAACCCCUCAGAUUUACCGGUAUGUGCAAAGUACCGGAAUCCGGAUCCGGCGGAUUUCGCAUAAGAAAAUCCGGAUCCGGUUGGAAAAACGGAUCCGGCACACCCCUAAUAAAAAUAAAUCUAAUGAUCGAUAGUUCACCUACAAACUGUGGUAUGGAUCAUUCUGUAGUGUGGGAGCUUUUCAGAGCUUUUUGUGUGCCUUUUGAAAUUAAAUUAAAUGACAUAGAAAUAUUAAUACAAGACCCCAAUAAGUAUAUAUUUUUAGAAAGGUAAAUGGAUGGGGAUAAAGUUGGCUAUAUUGCUCACCCCGUAAAAUAAUUUUUUGCUCAGUGUCCUUGACCUUGGAGUGCACGAGAAAAAAACCACGAAAAAAUGUUUUGCUUUUAAGUGCUUAUAACAUCAUUAAUUUUUAUAGAUACACUUAAAACACUAAUCUAAAUGUUGUAGCCAAUUCAUUUAUCUUUCAGAAAUGUAUAGUUUGCUAAGGUUUUGAUUACAAUUGGACCUCUGAAAGAAAUUUUAGUAAUUUAUGUAAGAAACUGGGACCAUGGCUAAAACCAAGUACAACAUACAAAAUCUCAGGCAAAAUAGUUAUUGACUAGUAAACAUUUAAAAUGAAACUGUGGAACUGAUUUGGGUUGCAUGCUGGGCAAUUAAGUCUAAAAUUUUCCCCUUCUUUUUUAAACAGCUGAAGUCUGAAAGGAUGUCAGAACCAGAAAAGUAAGUAUCUAUUUCUUUUAAAAAAAUUGUUAUCGUAAAUCAUGCCUAUAUAAAUCUAUGGGCCUAAUUCUUUUAUAAGGUUAUUUUGCUAUUUUUUUUAUAAAGAGACAACUCAUUAUGACAAGUAAACAUAUUUGAAAUAGUAUUUAAAACGUGUCAUAUUUUUUUGGUACAAUUUCAUGUCACUUUUUUUUCUUCCUUAGCCCUUCCAGUGAUGCUGUGGAUGAUGUUGAAGAGGACCAUGCAGAAGAAACUGGUAUGAUUGUAUUUUUCUCCUUUUAUAAAAAUUAUCUUAUCCUGGUAUUUAUCAAUAAAUAUAUACUCUUAGAUUUGCAGUGUGAUUGAGGCAACUUACUUUAAGUUAUUUUUUUCUUUAAAAAGGUAAAAAGGUUUAAGUGAAAGUUCAUUUUUAAGACAGGCAAAAUUUUCUUAAGUCAAACAUGUUGACCAAAUAUUUUGUGUUUUUUUUUUUUAAAGAAUUUUCAAUGCACACUCAUUAUUACAAUCAUUACUGAGAUUUAAUAAUUAUUGGUGUUUUGUGUAGAAGGAAAAUGGCUUAUAUGUGCAUGUCAUAUUUGUGUUUGCUUUCACAGGUGAGGUUGGUGACAGCCAAGCAAUUGCUAAUCAGCUUAUGAAAAAUCCAGGAGUCCUAGCAGCACUUCAAGAUAAACUUUGCUCCAUUGUGGGAUCACCCUCAGGCUACAUUCAAAGGUGAAAGAUAUUAAGUUUAGUAUACCUUAUCUUACAUACUUAUUUGUAUAGUAAUUAACACCAUCACCUGUAUAUAAUAAUAAUAACAAUAAGUGGAUGUUGUCCACCUCGUUUAAGAAAAGUAAUACAGUGUAACCCAUUUGAAAUAGUUUUACGGCCUAAAUCCCUCAGCUACAGCUUUUCCUUAAUGACUUAUUUAACUUUUUUUUUACACAAUUUAUCUUUUUAUUUUGCAAGGGCUGUACUCAACUAAGCAUUGGUGAAUAUAUGGAGCGCAUCAGGAAUUAUUAUUUCAGAUUUUAUUAUUAUUAUUAUAGAUUACAUACCUCUUGUUGUAUUUUACAAGUGCAACGUGAUUGCAUUACCCCAGCUUGUAUUUUAAAUAAACUUGAGAGUAGAUUACUGGAAUAGAAACAAUAUUCUAAUUUUUAUAAAAUACAUUGUUUUAAAGCACUUUUGAGAUGAAAGUGUUCUUUAUGUUUGGGAUUUUCUACUGGGUAAGGUUCCUGAUUAGUUAGCUUUUUUCUAAACUUGGAUACAAAUCCUAGACUGGUGUAAUUAGCCAAAGUUUUGAUUGCAUAAUAAACUUAUCUGAAAAGUAGCCUUGUAUUAGCCUUAAAAUGUAUAGCUCCCUUGUGGUUUGUAUAGAUACCAGUAGUAAUUUCCUAGUUAAUAAUAAAAAAGUUGGAAAGGCAAGCAAGGCUUUUAUGCUGCUGUACACAAUAGAGGCCUCUUAAGCUUAAAAUCAACUGCCACCUGACCUAGUGGCCUACUGCUGUAAAUUCACAGGCAGCUAAGGUUUAAAAAAAAUAUUUAAUGAUUUUUAAUAAUAUUGCCUUUUGUAUCAAAUGUUGAAUUUUCUUUUAGUAAAGAAGAAUCGUUCAUGUUUUCAGUUUUUCAACACAGCAACCAUUGAAACUAGCGAUAAAUCAUAUAUAUACACAGAUAUUCCCUGGCUACAUGACAGUGGUGAUUUCCAGUUAGUUAAUGAGAUAAAAAGUACAUACUUCUUAAAAAUUUGUUCUUAUUUUAGUUUACCCAAAGAAGUGAAGAGACGUAUCAAAGCUCUUAAAAAACUACAGAAUGAAGUUAUAUCUGUGGAAGCAGAAUUCUACAAAGAAGUUAAUGCACUGGAACUAAAGUAUGCCCCAAAGUACUCAGAAUUAUUUGAAAAGGUUUGUGGAUAUUUUAAAUUCCCAAUGCAUCAAGGAUCAAGUACUUAACUAAACAAUGAACUAACUUUCUUAUAAGAGUACUGUUGAUAUGACACAUUUUUUUUUUUUAAGCCACUAGGACUGGUCAUCUUUCAAUAUUGCUUUUCGGCCGAGUUAAGUUUUUUUAAAAAAAUUAUUCAACUUCUUUAAUAUAUUUAAAUACUUUUUAUUCACAUAACACAUUUUAAAUGAGUCUAAACUAGGGUGACCAAAAGUCCCGUCACAACGGGAUUGUCUUGUUUUUUCAUGAUCGUACCCGUUGUCCCGAAAAAGUCUCUCGGGGCGCCUAAAUGUCCCGUUUCUGAAACCAAACACAUUUAAAUCACUAAAACUUCCUAAUUUAUAAUAUAACUUCAAGUAAUAUUUUGGCUAGCUUUGUAGUCAGAACCAGUAGUGAUGUGGGCUCGCGUGAUGGUUGCACUGUUCCCCUUCCACCACUCUGCCCACGGUGCUUAAACGACAGUCUCUGCCAUAGAUCUUAUUACGUUGUCAAAUAUGUAUAAAUAAAUACGCAUUCACUGCAAAAUUAUUGUUUUCGCUUAUGAUAUGGAUCAGACUUUAAAAAGAUUUCUAGGUCUCAAAGUAGUUACAAUUAGCAUAUUUCAAUAAACACUUUACCGCGGAGGCCCUGGGACCUCUCUUUAGCUGGAGGGUAUUCCGUUUUUUUACAGUUCGUGAUUUGGUCACCCUACUCUAAACCCACUGAGUACCAUUCAUAAUGACACCAAAAGUAUUAACUACAUUUAUUAAGGACACACAAGUAAAUACACAAGUAGUGUAAACUAAUAUAGUCACAGGAUCUAUUUGUGUUUUGUUCUUGUUAAUUUUUGUAAUGGAAAGUCGUAGUGAUACAUAUUCUAGGGGCACUCUGGAAGUUAAACCAUUGCUUAUGUUUCUUAAUGUGGUUUUCAGCAUGGAGCAAAUGCAAAUCUUUGUGUGGAUAUUGGUGUUGUGUAAAUGUUUAUUGAUCAGCUAGAUAUUUAAGGAAAAAACUCAGUGGAACAUUGUAUUUAUGACAGAAUAAUGUUAAAGUGUACAGUUGAGGCUUAUUAAUAAUUUUAGAGAAAAGAGAUCCUUACAGCAUCACGAGAACCUACAGAUGAUGACUGUGAUUGGCCAAGUGAAGAAGAAGAAGAAGAGGAAAAAGAUGAAGAGGCUAAAUUGGCUGUAAGUUAUUCAUUUUACAAUUGUAAUUUACCCGUUUAACUAGUCUUCUACUUUGAAUUAUCACCUAAUACUGCUUUGAAACUGGACUCUGGUGUUCAUAAUAUUUAAGAGCUUAGUUUAAAUAUCAAGAUGUUUAUAAUUAGGUUAAAUCUUUAAUCAAUUUUAUAUAAGUUGUGUUCCAACCUUUUUGAUGUACCACUUGGGUACAUUGGCGUUCAAUGUAGCCCGCUUCUCAACAGGUAGAGCUUAAGGAAAUGGCCAGUAUUGAAGGCGCCAAGGACGCUGGCGGAGAUAGUGGGGAAAAGAAACAGGGCAAGUAUAUUUUUAAAAGAAAGUAUUUCCUGUUUUUUUUGUUUUUUUUUCUUUUUUUUAGAUCACUAGCCAUUAAGAAGUCUACUAAAAGUAACAGGUUUCCAGAGCUCAUCAUACUGUUGUGAUUUCUUGAUAGACAUGUCUGUGUGUCAAUUUCAAAAUCAAUCUGUGGUCAGAUGGUGCCGACAGCUUUUUUAUACACGACGCAGUAUUUGAUCCUGUCUUUACUGGCUUUGCUUUAACUUAGCAUUUCCUUCUCAAGAAAAGUAGCCUACCAAAGUUAUUUUACUCUCUACCUUUGGUUGCUCAUAACCAUAAGGGUUUUCCUCUAUACGGGCUUUUAACUUAUAAAAGUUAUGGUAUAGCUUUUGAUUGGCCAUAACAUCUCAGACCCAUUUGCUGCUAACUCCAAAACGCCCCGUAGUAUUAAGAUAAGUACAUGUCUCCUAAUGUUAUUAAAAUAAUUGUUUACUAAUGCAUUUUUAACAAUACAAGCGAUAAAAAUUAGAAUAAUAAAUGUUUUUAAAAUAUACAACUUUGUAAACUUUUAUUUAAUAUUCUUUUUUGCUGUAUCUCUUGUGGGUCUCUUGAAAUUUGAGAAACCUUUUGUAACUUGUGUAAAGCCAGUUUUUCCCCUGUUUCUACCAGUGUGCAUUUUGUUACCAUUUGUGGGAAAACUGGUAACAUCAUUUUCUCCCAAGUUUUUCUCAGUGUCAGCUCUAUGGCAUAUAUUUUUGUUUCCAUCCCCGUAACAUUAUUAGCUGCACAAUUUCAUUAGUCAUAAAAAUUUUGAAAUAAUCUGCUGUACUCCUAACAAAAGGAAAGUUUGGAAUGCAAUCUCUGUAAAUCUUUCAACAGAAUCACUGGUCGAUUUGUCAGACCAACAAUCAGUGACUGUGCAUUGCAUUGUCAUUAGGCAUCCCCAUUAUCAUUCAGUCGAUUUUUAGGCUCUGUAUUUUUAUUGAAUUUAUAACAAUCUGACCCAUCAUCAUUGCCGGUAUCAUAAUAAAUUUAAAUUAGACCCUGAACCAGCAAUCAAACGGAAAUACCAUGGCAAAAGUAGCAAAUUUGUUAAGCUACAUUAUUAAUUACCCCUUUUUAUAUAAAUUAUCAAAACUCAAAGAUGAUCCUUUGCUUAGAUAAUGUUUAACAUUUCAUUCAGUGCUGUAAGGAAGGGUUUUGUAAGACAUAACUGCAAAGCAAAAAGAUUUUAAAAAUUUCAAAGAUAGCCUCAGUUGCAUCAUGUUUGCUUGGAAUAAAAAAAUAGUUGCAAAGAAUAUCAUCUCAUUUUUGUUAUUAACAUUAAUUGGAGAAUGACACAUUUUCUUAUGGUUCCUUAAAUUUUUACUAUUGUAUAGAAGAUGUGAAGGGUAUUCCAAGCUUUUGGCUGACAAUUUUCAAGAACGUGGACUUGCUUUCUGAGAUGGUACAGGUAAAGAUAGCUUAUCAACAUAUUGCUUUUUCUGCACAGUUAUUUUAAUGAUGAACCUUAUUUUAAUGAAGUGUGUGGUUGUUCCCCUGAUGCCUUUUCUCUUAUUACCGGAGGAUUUCUAACUUAGUUUUUUAUUGAGUUCUUAAAUUAAAAUGCACACAAUUGAACAUAACAUUAGAGAUGUACAUAUUUUUUUAAUACAUGUUCUGGUCAUUUAAUUUUACAAUAAUUAUAUAUCUAGGAGCACGAUGAACCAAUUUUGACGCAUUUACAAGACAUUCAAGUUAUUAUUCAUGAUAAAGACCCAGUGGUAAGUUUUUUCUAUUAACCGAUAGUAAUUUGAUUUCCAUUUGGAACAAAAGGCAAACAAUAAUGCAUUUUAUUCUUGUCUUCUGUAUUCAGGGUUUCACAUUAGAGUUUCACUUUGAGCCUAAUGAGUACUUCACAGAUACAGUGCUUACCAAACGUUACGAAAUGCGAUAUGAACCUGAUCCUCAAGAUCCAUUUUCAUAUGAAGGGCCAGAGAUCAUCAAAUGCACUGGGUUUGUACUUUUUGUUGUUAACGCUAUUUAAUGUAAAUUGUGAAGGAUUGGCAAUACAAUUGUGUAGUUAUUCUCUAACUUGAAUAUAAAUAUAUUUCUAUGUUGCAGAUGCACUAUCAACUGGAAUAAGGGGAAAAAUGUCACUGUGAAACAAAUUAAGAAGAAGCAGAAACAUAAAGGACGAGGCUUAACUAGAACUGUGACUAAGCAAGUUCAAGCAGACUCUUUCUUUAAUUUCUUCAACCCACCUGCAGGUACGAAUUUUUUUUGUGGAGAGAGGAAUUAUUGACCUGUGGUUAAUUGAUUUUUCCAGCAAUUGAUAUUUAAUGACCCCUUUUUUUCGUUCUUUUUUUUUUUUUUUUGUAGUUUUUUUUGCAGUUCCUGAGGGAUCAGAGUCUGAAAUGGUAAGUUAUGAAUCUUACAACCAUUUAUCUCUUAUUUUAAGAAUAAUAUUUAAAAUAAAUAUAAAGCAUUAUUUAAAAUGCUCCAAAUUUUGAUUUGGAAAUGUGUACCUAAUUCCUUACAGGAUGAGGAGGUUGAGGCCUUAUUAGGUGCUGACUUUGAAAUUGGCCAUUUCAUUCGUGAAAGGAUAGUUCCCAGAGCUGUACUGUUCUUUACAGGAGAAGCCAUUGAGAAUGAUGAAGUAAGUUUU